GCUGACUUGAUAGAGCCGGAGAGAUACACAUUCACGCACGCCGAGACCAAAAGAGCGGUGGCCGGAGAUCUGACACUAAAACGACAAGGAUCCGCACGUGAACAGGGCAGUCCGCCCGCCUGCCCGCUCCGGGUGCUUCGCGGCCAGCUGGUAGGCAUGGAGCUGCCCCGGCAAUCCACUUGCCCGGUGCCAAGGUUGCUGCUGCUGCUGCUGUUGUGGAGCCUGGUUCUGCCUUGGCCUGGUGAAGGAUCCCAGCGUAGUAAACCCAUGUUCACAGCAAUCACAGAUCAAAUCCUUCCCCCUGACUAUGAGAGCAACCCGACUCAGCUCAACUAUGGUGUGGCUGUGACUGAUGUAGACCAGGAUGGAGACUUUGAGAUUGUCGUGGCUGGGUACAAUGGACCCAACCUGGUGCUGAAGUACGACAAGGCACGGGGCCGGCUGUUAAAUCUUGCAGUGGAUGAACACAGCUCCCCCUACUAUGCACUGAGGGAUCGCCAGGGCAAUGCAAUUGGUGUGACAGCCUGUGACAUUGAUGGAGAUGGAUGGGAAGAAAUUUACUUCCUAAACACCAAUAAUGCCUUUUCUGGUGUAGCCACCUAUACAGAUAAACUAUUCAAGUUCCGCAAUGGACGCUGGGAGGACAUCUUGAGCGAUGAGGUGAACCGGGGUGUGGCAAGCCGGUUUGCUGGGCGUUCCGUGGCAUGCGUAGACAGGCUGGGGUCUGGCCGCUAUUCCAUUUACAUAGCUAACUAUGCCAAUGGAAGAGUUGGUCCUCAUGCCCUCAUUGAGAUGGACACAGCUGCCAGUGACCUAGAGCAUGGUAUUGUGGCACUGAAUGAUGUGGCUGCAGAAGCUGGAGUCAAUAAAUUCACAGGGGGUCGGGGCAUAGCGGUGGGUCCCAUUCUCAGUGAAGCUGCCUCUGACAUAUUUUGUGAUAAUGAGAACGGAGCCAACUUCCUCUUUCAGAACCAGGGCGACGGUACCUUCAUAGAUGUAGCACCCAGCACUGGGUUGGAUGAUCCCUACCAACAUGGUCGUGGAGUGGCCCUAGCUGACUUCAAUCGUGAUGGCAAAGUUGACGUAAUCUAUGGUAACUGGAAUGGACCACACCGGCUCUAUCUGCAGGUUAAUGCAGGUGGGCGUAUCCGCUUCCGAGACAUUGCCACGCCCAAACUGUCCAUGCCAUCACCUGUCCGCACCGUCAUCGCUGCAGAUUUUGACAAUGACCAGGAAUUGGAAGUCUUCUUCAACAACAUCGCGUAUCGUGGCUCGUCUGCCAACCGCCUCUUCCGGGUUAUCCGCCGAGAACAUGCCGACCCAGCUAUUGAAGAACUAAACCCUGGCGAUGCUGUGGAACCAGAGGGGCGUGGCACAGGAGGAGUGGUGGUAGAUUUUGAUGGUGACGGGAAGCUGGAUUUAAUUCUUUCACAUGGUGAAUCCAUGGCACAGCCACUCUCAGUCUUCAAAGUCAAUGAGGGUGCUGGCAACAACUGGCUGCGGGUGAUUCCACGUACACGCUUUGGGGCAUUUGCUCGUGGUGCUAAAGUGGUGCUGUUCACACGGCACAGUGGUGCCCAUCUGCGCAUCAUUGAUGGAGGGUCUGGGUACUUGUGUGAGAUGGAGCCUGUUGCCCAUUUCGGCUUGGGACAGGAUGAACCUAGCAGCCUGGAAGUGACUUGGCCAGAUGGCAAGUUUAUCAGCAGAGCUGUAGUGAGCACUGAGAUCAAUUCUGUUCUGGAGAUUCUCUAUCCCAAAGACACACCAGGGUCACCCACCAUUUUAGUUCCUCUUGAGUGUGGCCAAGGAUUCUCUCAGCACAAGAAUGGCCGUUGUGUUGACAUGGAUGAGUGUGCAGAAUUUCCUUUUGUGUGUCCAAGAGGCAGACCCAUCUGCAUCAACACAUAUGGUGGGUACCGUUGCCGCAGCAACAAGCGCUGUAACAGGGGCUUUGAACCCAAUGAGGACGGCACUGCUUGUGUUGAUCCACUGAAACCAUGACUGCUAUAUAAAUGGUGAGGUGGAGAAAGGCCAGAAGGCACACCAGGCGGGCCAGAAGAAAAAGAGCAGAGUGGUAAUCAUUCUACAGGUGUCAACCAAUGUGAACAGAUGCCUGGGAAUUCCUACCCAAAUUCUGAAAUGAAUCAGUUAGUUCCUACUGAAAGAAAAGACUGUCAUUUAUUUUUAUAUGGUAAAAUUAUUAUUAUUUAAUUAGUAAAAUCAAUAGUGGUCUAGAUAUUAUAUAACUUCAAACUGAAACACAAAUCCAGAUGGACUCUUGUAUCUCAUAUGUUAAUGAAAUGCAAAUAUCAUAUUUUGCCAGUUUUUCCUCUGGCUUAGAAUAAAUAAGAAGCCAGAGAGAAUAUGAAUUCUCUCUCCUCUCCCCACCACAUCUCUUUUACAAGCCUCUAUAUGGGUGUUUCUCAACCUUAGAAACUUUAAGCCAGAAAAGAAUUCUAGGUCCAGACAUCUCAAAGCUGAGAAACACUGAUCCAUAUCCUACAACCUCCCAUCUGACAUGCAGCCACAACAGCAGGGUAGGCAGUGGAAAGAGGCUUGUGAAAGAGAUGUUUCUUUUCUACCUGCUAUGGAUAAAGGACUGGUGAUGGGUUCAGAGCAGUGGUGAAAUCCAAUUUUUUUUACUACCGGUUCUGUGGGUGUGGCUUGGUGGGCAUGGAGUGGGGUGGCUUGGUGGGCAUGGCAGGGGAAGGAUACGGCAAAAUCCCCAUUCCCACCCCACUCUGGGACCAGGCAGAGGUGGUAUUUACCGGUUCUCCGAACUGCUCAAAAUUUCCACUACCGGUUCUCCAGAACCUGUCAGAAGCUGCUGGAUUUCACCCCUGCUUCAGAGCUUGUUACUAUUCCAAGUCUCAGUUGCUACUGGGAGAAAGUUUUAAUAGUGGAUUAGGAAUAUUUGAGGGGGGGGGUUGCUUCUGAAUCUAACAAGAACAAGUUCAUCUAUCCUUAAAUAAAAGGAUAUGUAAAAAGAGGAAGAGCUCAAAACUUCAGAGAAGAUGCCAUUCUUUUCUGAACAUUCUGGAAAAACAAAACCCAUUAUUUAAAUUUUAUAUACAUGUAUUCAGUGUUCUCUUUUUACCAGCUUUCAAUACAUCUGGAAAGAGUCAUUUUGACAAAUGUUACUGUUAAGUCACUUACCUAUAGUGGGGGGUUUUCAUUUAUAUUUUCAUGUCUUGAAUUCAUAUAAAUCUUCAUUUUUCCUGUACACUAAAUAGGCUAGUGGGCAGUACAGAUUAA